AUGCCAAAGCCCUCUUUUGCAUGGGCGCUGUCGCUGAGCUCCGCAUGCUCCCUGGCCGCCGUGGCCGGGGACUGUUCCUUCCAGUGGGCCGCAGCGCAGAGCCCGCAGAGCUUCGUGCUGGCCACCGCCUCGAGCUUCCAAGUGCUUCGCCAGGACGGAGCAACGAUUGUUCUUCAGCAUUAUUCCAAAAGCUGCAAGCUUGACUCCUCCCACGAUGUGGUGGUCAACAGUUCGUUGAGCUUUCUGCGGCACGGAAAUGGCCUGGCUGACGCCGUGGCUUUUGCAAAGGGAGAUGCCGUAGCUGUUGCUUGGACAGUGGAUGGCAGCCUUUACCUUUCCAUCUGCGAGGCCCCCUUCCGUUUGCUUGGUGCGGCUGCUGACGCAUGUUCGGUGCCCUUGCUGGUGGCUUCUGCGAAGCAAGGAGGCGUGUUGAGCCCAGGAGGUGUGCGACUCGCUGCCGCCGAGCCCUCGUCGGGAGCUUCAGGAGCUGGGCGUGCAGGUGUUCUGCUGGCUUGGAGCACGUGGGAGGAGGACGGCUGGGGUGUCAGCACCCGAAUUUGUGAUGUCAGCGGCUGUGGCCAGCCUUUAGACUUGCCGCGGCAAGCGCGGCAGUGGCUGCCAGAGCUGGCUUGGUGCAACGACUCUCUUUGGGCGCUCUGGCUGGGAAAUGCCACCGGACAAGGAUCCAGCAGCGGUCCUUUCCGGCGUUUCUUGGGCACCUCCCAAGCCUGGAGCGCAUCACUUCCUGUGGACCUCCAUGCCGACAACGGCAUCAGCGCCGCCGCUACGUGUCGUGGAGAGGAGGUUGUUUCGCUGUGGCUAGAGAGUGGCGGCGCAGAGGUGAGAUGUAAUUACUCCAAAGCACCGACUGCAACGUGGGAGGGUGCAAAGAGCUUCCGCAAGCUCUCUGUCGUCGACGCGGGCGAAGCCCCCGCAAGGGGCCCGGGAGCCUUGUUGGGCACCGGCUUGGGCGGCUUCGGCUUGGGCCUGGGAAGGGUGGCCUUGGUGGCGAAGAGUGGCUUGAUGCUCCUGCUCAGCAACUCCCCGAGCGGCAAGCUGCAGGUCCAAGCGCUGGACUACGCGUCUCCACGCGGGCCGGUGCUUUACCCCAUGCACGACAUCGCCGUGGCGGCCCAGGACGUGCAAGUCUCCAUGGACUGCGCAGGCUCUGAAGUGGAGUGCGACGGGGCGCUGAUCUGCUGGUACUUCGGAGGCGACCUGCACACCGAGCCGAGCUCUCACUGCAGCUACCGAGGUUUGGCGUCGCUGAGAGAAGCGGAAGGCCUGGGCACCGCAGGACAGUUCAUCAUUCUUGUCCUGUUUGCUUUGCUCUUCUUGAUGUGCGUGCUGAAGCAGUGUGCCUCUCAGGGUGGCUUCGGCGGGCGCAAUCGCGCCCUCCUCCAAGCGCGGCAUGAAGCCCAGGAGGAGCUGCAGCAGCGUCGACAAGAGCGAGCAGCUGCCCAGGCUCGAACGCAGGAGCUCCGCACGCAGCUUGCUCAGAUCCCACUCGUUCCGCUGGCACACGGCGGCCCAGGCGGCCCAGGCGGCCCAGGCGAGAUUUCGAAUGGGAACACUACGGCGAGUCAUGGCUCUGCUUCGGCCUCUUCGCCCUGCCCCAUCUGUCAGAACGAAGUCCUCGUCCGGGUGGCCCUGCAAAGGUGUGGGCACACCGCCUGUCGGGACUGUACUACCCGACUGGUGGACCUGGCUCAGCCUUGCCACAUUUGCCGUUCGCCCAUCGAGGGUGUCCUGCCCGUGUACCUCUAG